ACGUAUGUACUGUGAUUCAUGCCAUCUGCAAUAAAACAAUAUGCUACGUGGUGUCAGCUAGCUGAGAGUAAGAGGCAUGAAAAUGGAAGUCUAAGUUGUCUCAACACAAAACCAGUGAUAACUAUAAAUAUAAACACUUAUACAACUACUUUUUAUUCAUUCAACCACCCUUCAUCUUAUUGCAUGCACACACAAAAACAAAAAGACUGAUAGAUGGCUAGCUUCAUGCAACAGCAACCAAAGGGAGUUAAUGGAGGCAGUAACCGCAUAGUCGCAGUCAAUGUCUCUCCCUCUAACAACCUUCCUACACCUUCAAAUCAUGAGAAGCCUGGGUGGAAAAAGUUCAUGUCAUAUGUGGGUCCUGGCUUUCUGGUUUCCUUGGCUUACCUUGAUCCUGGAAACAUGGAAACUGAUCUGCAAGCUGGAGCUGAUCACAAAUAUGAGCUGCUGUGGGUAAUACUGAUUGGACUGGUGUUUGCGCUUAUAAUUCAAUCGUUGGCUGCGAAUCUGGGCGUAACCACUGGAAAACACCUUUCAGAAUUAUGUAAAGCCGAAUAUCCAUUAUUGGUAAAGUACUGUUUGUGGAUAUUAGCUGAGCUCGCUGUCAUAGCUGCAGACAUACCUGAAGUGAUUGGCACAGCCUUCGCGUUGAACAUACUAUUCCACAUCCCUGUAUGGGCAGGAGUUCUCAUAACUGGCUGCAGCACCCUCUUAUUUCUUGGUCUGCAGAGAUUUGGGGUAAGGAAGUUGGAACUGCUGAUAUCAGUGCUAGUUUUUGUAAUGGCUGGAUGUUUCUUUGGGGAAAUGAGCUACGUAAAACCACCUGCUUCUGGUGUAUUGAAAGGAAUGUUUGUGCCAAAACUCAGUGGUCAGGGAGCUACAGGGGAUGCUAUUGCUCUUUUGGGAGCCCUUGUCAUGCCGCACAACCUUUUCCUCCACUCUGCUCUGGUCCUGUCUAGAAAAGUACCCAGUUCAGUGCGUGGCAUCAAUGAUGCAUGUAGAUACUUUCUCAUAGAAAGUGGAUUUGCAUUGUUUGUGGCAUUCCUAAUCAAUGUUGCAAUGGUUUCUGUGUCGGGAACUGUUUGCGCUGCUGACAAUCUUUCUGCAGCAAGUGCUGAUCAGUGCAGCGAUCUUACCCUUAACUCUGCUUCUUUCCUUCUCAAGAACGUGUUGGGACGGUCGAGCUCUACCAUUUAUGCUAUAGCACUGCUAGCCUCAGGACAAAGUUCAGCCAUCACUGGAACCUAUGCAGGGCAAUACAUUAUGCAGGGUUUCUUGGACAUGAGGAUGAAAACAUGGAUUAGAAACUUUAUGACUAGAUGCAUUGCCAUAACACCUAGUCUUAUUGUUUCAAUCAUUGGAGGUUCUCAAGGAGCUGGUCGGCUUAUCAUCAUUGCAUCGAUGAUACUUUCAUUUGAGCUUCCAUUCGCUUUGAUUCCUCUGCUUAAGUUCAGCAGCAGCAGUACAAAGAUGGGACCUCACAAGAAUUCUAUAAUUAUAAUUGUGAUCUCAUGGAUUCUGGGCUUGGGAAUCAUUGGCAUCAAUGUAUACUACCUUUCUACUGCGUUCGUGGGUUGGUUAAUUCAUAGCAGUCUACCAAAGGUGGCAAAUGUGUUGAUUGGGAUUGUAGUGUUUCCUCUAAUGGCACUUUAUGUUGGGUCAGUAAUAUACCUAACAUUAAGAAAAGACACUGUUAAGACAUAUAUUGAGACAAAGAAUGAAGCAGCAAUGGAAAAGGGUCAAUCAGAGUUGAAUGAAAUUCCUUACAGAGAAGACUUGGCUGAUAUCCCCUUACCACCAUAAGGGAAUAAAAUGCAUCAGCAUCAC